AUGGCAAGAGCACUAAGAUUUCAAGCCUUUGUACACUUAAGGUUUUGGGGAGAGUGUGUAUCCACAGCUGUAUACCUGCUCAACAGAUUGCCCACUGUGUUGUUGAAAGCCUCCAAGGAGUUCUUUGUAAGCAGAGACGCUGUCUUUCAAGAAGACAUCUUUCCCUUCAAGCACACAAACACUGGUCUUUUUCCUAUAUUCCCUGUGGUGGAACUGGUUGAACCUGAUCCUCCUAAGCCUUCUACUGUGUCUGCUCCAGUACAUUCUCCUUCAAACGUCACUUCUGAUGAUGCUUCUCAGUCUCUUUCAUCAUCUUCUGCCAGGGAUCCCUCUCCUCAGCCAGUACAACCUAGAAGAUCCUCAAGGGAAUCAAGGCCUCCUGUAUGGAUGGGAGAUUAUAUUGUUCAACAGAAAUCCUCCUCUUGUCCAUAUCCACUGUCCAACUAUGUGAUAUAUGACCAUCUCACUCUUGCCUACAUGUCUUCUCUAGCUGCUUAUUCCGCAAUUAUAGAACCCAAGACCUAUGCUGAAGCCAGUAUUGAUCCAUUAUGGGUGGAUGCCAUGAAGUCUGAAAUUUCAGCUCUUGAGAGCAAUAAUACAUGUAUAGUUGUAGAUCUUCCUCCAGACAAAGUUCCUAUAGGGUGCAAGGGGGUGUUCAAGGACAAGUACAAGUCAACAUGA